CUGCUACCGUAACGGUGGCCAGUGUGGCUAUAUCCUCUGCUUUUACCAACGCCGCCCCUCGAACUACCACCCACUCUACGUCUCAGGCUCUAGUUCAGGCAGUCAACUCGACAUGCCGAUAAGCUGGGUCUAAGCAACGUACCACGCUGCAAGACGCACAGCAGGUACACCUACAUUGCUCGGGAGUCGGGACUGGCAGGUCGGGACCUUACGCCCCUCGGUCUGCGCACUGUGCUAGCUGUACUACACGAUGUCCGGAAGUCAUAAUCUAGCAGAUUUGGAGCGCACAACACCCAGUCCCCGCAUGUCUGCCUUCGCCCGCGGUAUGGUGGACUACGCCAAGGAGGCUCUGAGAUUUUACCGCAUCCAUCUCCUCCUGUUUGUCAUCGUUCCGCUACUUGGGGCUCUUGUUUUCUGGGCUUCUAACGGAGAGUUCAAGAUUCCAUUCAUCGAUGCUCUCUUUGUCUGCGUCAGCGCUGCCACCGGCACCGGUCUGUCGCCAGUCGACUUGAGUAGCACCACACCAUGGCAGCAGGCAAUCAUAGUCUUGCUGGAGAUAUGCGGCAAUCUUGUGUUCGUGUCGUGGGUGGUCGUAUACUUCCGUCGGGCCUACUUUCUGGACCACCUCAAGCACAUCGUAGCUGCAGACCGUGAACGUUCAAUGACGCGACACGAGACCACCGCGAGCCACGCUUCCCAUGCCAGUCCGUCGCGCGCCAUCGUCGACGCACUGGUCGGUCAUGGACUAGACGAUCUGCAGGAACAGCGUCAUCGGAUCCAGAGCUGUCGGAAGGAGAGCAACCCUGGGCAAGCUGAAGCCACGAGGUCUUUGCGCCCAGAGAUGGUCCGUAGGCUGGAUGUUGCUCCUCACUUGGUUGAUCCUGCCGGGAAGAUUGUGUAUGCUUCCGGUGUGCACCCGUCAUCCUCGCAGACGUCGCCGCAUCUCGUGGAAAGAGACAGAUUCCCCCGUGCACACAGCAUCGAAAGCAGGGUACACACUCGCAACGACGCACGCGGCACCCAGCAUGGAGGAACGGAAGACUUCGGAGGUUUCCCUUACCCCUGGCGCAUCGUCUCAAAUGCGAUUCGUCGUCUGUUUCCCCGAUUACAUCAGAAGCUCCGGCGGACGGUGACAAUGCCUCGCACGUCUACACUUGUACCGCCCAACACAGGAAGCGCCGCCGUGCUUUCCGGGGAAGAUACCAGACAAGUACCGUAUAUCACCUUUAGCGCCAACGUCGGUAGGAACUCGACCUUUCACGGCUUGACGGAUGAGAAUAUCGAGGAACUCGGUGGCGUAGAGUAUCGUGCUCUGACCGCACUACUGUGGAUUGUCCCACUGUACUACUUCGGUUUGCUAGCGAUCACGUUUAUUGCCAUCGCGCCAGUUGCCAACGAGGAUAGCUACCGCUGGAUCUUUCGCGUACCGCAGCAGCACCGCGAUAUUAAUCCAAUCUGGUUCUCGGCCUUCCAGGUCAUUGGCGCUUGGGCGAACACGGGCAUGUCUUUAGUAGACCAAAACAUGGUGCCGUUCCGCAAUGCGUAUCUCAUGGUCGUUGUUCUAUGCCUAGACGUGUUGGCUGGAAAUACUGCAUUUCCGAUUUUCCUCAGAUUCAUGAUUUGGACCAUAACGAAGAUACUUCCUCACAACUCUCGCACGAACGAAGCAUUGCAUUUCCUUCUAGAUCAUCCACGCCGGUGUUUCAUUUAUCUCUUCCCAGCAAAUCAAACGUGGGUUCUGCUGGCUGUGCAAUUCAUGAUUGAUUUUGUUCUCUGGCUCUUCGACAUCGUAUUGAACUGGGGGAAUCCGGCGACUGACAGUAUCCCCUUGGGUACGCGAAUUGUGGAUGCACUCCUCCAGGCGUCUGCAGUCCGCAGCGCAGGGUUUCAGGUUAUACCGUUGUCGUCCCUCGUUCCCGCUGUUCUGGUACUCGACGUCGUGAUGAUGUAUAUUGCGAUGUAUCCUAUCGCCCUGAGCGUACGCUCGACGAACGUGUACGAAGAGACAUCGCUCGGCGUAUACGAGGCAGACGAGAUGGCGUACGGGAUGGACGACAGCUCGGAAGCACGGGUACAGAUAUGGGGUAAAUACUUGUGGACGCACGCGCGAAGGCAGUUAUCGUUUGAUAUGUGGUGGCUGGCUCUAUCCUUGUUCCUUCUGUGUAUUAUUGAGCGCACCCCGCUUAUGGAUACGAGCAAGGCAUCGUGGUUUAAUAUCUUCGCUCUCAUCUUCGAACUUGUCUCUGCCUACGGCACGGUUGGUCUUUCUCUCGGUGUACCCUAUGCAAACUUCAGCUUUUGCGGGGCACUCCAUACGCUAUCCAAGCUCAUCCUCUGCGCGGUGAUGGUUCGCGGCCGCCAUCGCGGGUUGCCUGUUGCACUCGACCGGGCAGUCAUCCUUCCACGCGAUCUCAAGAAGCCAGCCACGAAUCAGGAGGGGGCUCAGGAUUCUCCGUCCACAGAAGACUCAUCGUUCGAGAAGCACGAACGCAAAGCCGAGUCAGUAUUGAUCAACGAAAAGGAGGCGGUGUCGGAAGAGCAAUCUCACAGUGUCACGUCGCUGUCCAUACGCCGCUCACGCACGUUGAGCUUCGCGGUGGACGCAACCAGGGGCACGGCGAGGACAGUCAAUGUUGGUGGUAUAAACGGUGUCGCGGAAGAGGAAUCGCAACCCAUUCAUGGUAUAGAAGAAUUGCCCUUGUACUAGUAUAACUUACCGCUUAGAUCUCCCACUGUUUCUCGUGGCUCGGAUUUCUCAAUCGCUGUCGUAGCUUUCCCACCAUGGACUUAAUGUGUAUAUGUAUCGGGGCGCCUCGUGUCUCAAUUCAUCGGCAGCCUAUUUUGAAGGAUG